UAAAUGUCCGUAUCUUUGUUUAAAAAAGAUGUUUUUUCAGGAAUGGAAUCUCGAAGGAAUAUUUGGCCAAUUUAGUAAAUGGUGUCAUCAAACAAUUAAUAGACACUUUUCAAAAACGAAACCGAGUUUUUAUUUGUUGCGUUUGUAAAAACAUAAUAGAGUUAUUUCAAUUUUAAAUAGAAUUCGUUUUCUUUCAACAACAUUUGUUCGAUAUUAAUUGAAUUUUUAAUUCGUAACGCCAAUCACUGUAACUGUCCUGCUAUAAUCGCUAUAUCUCGCAAUCACACACGUUCGCUUCUAUGAUAUACUCAGAUUGUCUAUUGUCAGAUAAGAUAAACAGUCGAAUAAAGUCAAGUACUAUGUAUUCUUCCCUAGUUGACAGUUCUGUAUUUUGUAGCGAUUCAAUCGUAUUUCAUAAUAUAAAGUAUAAUAUUUGUGGUCUGAAUUUCAGCAUUAAUGAAAGCAUCAUUAUCUUAUAAUAUCAUAGCGUGGUCAUAAAGUUUAAGCGCAGUAUAUCAAAGUAUCCAACAUUGAUAGAAUUGUCGAGCAUUUGAACGCAAAAGGGGUUGUCGGAAUUCAAGAUAUGAGUCCGAUUCACCAUAGGCGAAGGGCACGAGGAGGCUUACCCGACGCAUGGAACCCCUAUACGGACAGGAUCAACUACAAUUUGGAACACUCGGGUACUACACUAAGAGUAGUUAGCGUAUCAGACUCUAUAUUCUGUACAGUUUCCUCUUUCGACGAUGGUAUAUGCAUUGAAAGUCACGCAAGCGAGAAAGUCAAUGAGAUAAAGGAUGCCAUCGAUAAACUGAAAGAAUGCCGUAAAGCUGAAAGCGAUCCCGAGGAGAAACAACAUAUUAAAGAAACGAUCAAAUAUCUUAAGAAAGUUUUGAGGGAUGUGGAACAUGCAAAAAGAGUAGGGAAGACUGUUGGUUCACACGUUGGUUCAAAAGCUGGUGCUGCGGUUGGUACCUGCAUAGCUGGUCCAGUUGGCACAGUGGCUGGCUCUGUAAUUGGUAGAAUAGUGGGUCGUGUUACAGGUGUACUCGCUGCCGAUGAGCUUGCGCGUCAUACUCGAGAAGAAUCAGCUGGAACGACAGUAAAACGCCAUUAUUAAGAAAACGCCAUUAUUUAUCUGUGCGAGAUCAAAGUGAUUUUUUUAUAAUAUGAUAAUAAUAUUCUAUUGUUAUAUAUAUAAAUAUACCUUUCAUUGCAAAGCGUA